AUGUUGACCGAAGUAUCAGCUCUAGCAGUUUCCCUUGGUUUCCUCCGCUGGUGGCUGGGACGAGAUAAGCAUCCGAAUGUGCCGCACAUUCGUCCAGGAACCGAUUUAGCAAAAGAUGGACCGUACUAUGUUGUCCAGAGCUUUUUGGAGAGUCAUAAAAGAGAGCUACCGAUGCAUUCGUACCCUCUUUUGGAAACGCUGGGAGGACUCUUGAAGAUGAACUUGCAUAUUAUCAACGAUCCGGUGAAGUCGAAAGAAAUUUUUUCAAAAAGUGAAGCUGUUGGGGGCCAUUUUGAGUUGACCGGCUGGUGGCAACUUUUAGCGGAAUACAGGCGAAAAACAAAAGGUCGAAACUGGGAAACAAUGACAAACGAAACCCUCGGCCUCAUGCGAGAUCAUACCCGAUCAGACCCAAAAGGAACCAAAAUCUCCAAACUCUGUCGCCGCCGAUUGAUGGAACUUGCAUCAAAAAGCAAUUCGAGCCAAAAUGGGUGGCAAAAGUGGACGCUCAGAUUCCAUGGGUGGGACAGAAUCUGCAAGUACGCGAACAAUGCCUUGGAAAGCGCUGUCAAAUUGGACAAGUACAAACUGUUCUUCAUUAACUUGCCGACUUGGCUACGUGCGUGGAUACCCUUAAGAUUCUGGCCUGAUUGGGUUUCUUUUCAACAGGGACUAUACGAUGAUAUUCUUGACUUGCAAGAAAUGCACAACAAAAACUGGGUACUUGGAGAUGAAAGUGACACUCUUCUUGCAAUCCUUCAAACUGAUCAUGCUCAAGGAAAAAUGGAAGAAUGGGAUGUUAUCAAUCUUAUCCAACAGCUUUGCAUGACUGGAGCUGAUACAACUGCUUCCGUCGCAUCAGGAAUCAUGAUGACUCUCGCUCGAUUUCCCGAAAAGCAAGCGAAGCUUUACGGAAUUCUCGAAUCUCAGGAUUUCCGAGCGGAUGAGUUCAAAGACUGCCCAUAUUUAAUGGCUGUCAUUUACGAAGUUUAUCGAUACUGCCCCAUGAUUUACAGAAGCUUGCUUCACAGCAUUACGGAAACAACAGAAAUUAUGGGGGAGACGUUUCAUAAGGAUGAGCUUAUUUGCUACAGUAUAACAGGGACAAACAUGAACGAAAAAUAUUUCAAGGACCCCUGGAAAUUCAUCCCGGAAAGGCAUCUAAAUGAACCCGGAGAAUUUCAAAAAUCUCAAUAUCAAACUCCAUUCAACACUGGGAAGCGAUCUUGCCCUGGACAGAUUUUGGCCGAUAUCGAACUGUUUCACUUUAUGAAGCAUUUCGUCAAGCAUUUCAAAUUCGAACUCCACCCUGAUCACCCAAUGCCGGUAGUGGAAACUGAAGAAGGAUGGAAUAACUUUUGGACAAGGGAUCCUCACUAUGCGCCGAUGCAUCAUUUUCUUCAGCCGAAAGAACGAAAAUUCCUGCUUGUUCCUCGGGAUGAAUAA